CUCCUCUUUAUCUCCUUCUUAUUUUUUCUGCUUCUUUAGUUUUCUUUCUUUCUUCUACUUACUUUUUUUUGAAAAAAAAAAUGAAACACAACUCCGCCGAUUACAUUGAGCUAUCAAUACACAACAAUGAGGAUAAUGAUGACCCACCCGAUCAUGUUGGACAUGACGAAGACAUUCUUGAGAAAGACCAAGAAUACCAAGCUACUGCAGCACUGUUGACCGAUGUAGAGAGCAACCAUAGUACUGACGAGUUUGUUAUUUACGAGAGCAACGAGAAUAAACCUGAACCAAAGCAUGAAAAUACACUGGCAAUCCAGGCACUUCCUUCACUCAUCAUCUCCGUUAUCGGUCUAGUGCUGGCUGGUAACCUUAUGGAUGAUUUCCAGCAUUGGGAUGUCUUUUUAAAAACUACAGAAUUGUUUAUCUUGUUACCUAUUUUAUUAAACCUUAAAGGAAACUUGGAAAUGAAUCUUGCUGCCCGUUUUUCGACUUCGUCUAAUUUAGGCGAGUUGGAUUAUGGACCAACAAGAAGAUCACUUAUAGUCGGUAAUCUUGCCUUGUUACAAGUCCAAUCGCUUGUGGCGGGUGCUAUUGCCGGUGUGUCUUCCUUUGCUCUGGGGUUAAUUACAAAGCCUGGAAGUAGCACCAGUUAUUACGAAAUGAUGUAUAUGACAGCAAGUUCGAUGGUGUCUGCUUCAUUUUCGUCUGCCAUUUUAGGCAUAUUUAUGUGCGCUUUAAUUAUCAUUUGCAGGAAAUUCGAUGUCGAUCCUGACAAUAUUGCCUGUCCUAUGGCCUCUUCUACUGGAGAUAUUGUAACUUUAGUUUUAUUAGCUACUAGUGCAUCGAUACUUCAAAAUCAAAUGGAGAGUAUUUUUAGCACACUUAUAUUUUUGAUCAUGUUAGGCUUAAUCCCCAUCUUCGGGCUGAUUGUUUGGCGUAACUCUCAUGUGAAAGACUUACUAUUUGCUGGUUGGACUCCCAUUAUUUUGGCCAUGGUUAUCUCUAGCUUGGCCGGUAUUCUUUUGGAAGCCUAUGUGGAACAAUACAAAGGUGUCGCUUUAUUGACUCCUGUAUUGAUCGGUCUGGCAGGAAAUCUAGGCUCAAUUUAUGCAUCUAGAAUCAGUACUUGUCUUCAUUCCGAAACCAAGGAAAAUUACAAAGUCGUUGAAUAUACUCUUAUGGCUAUGAACAUACCCGUACAAGUUGUAUUCAUGGUCAUCAUUUGGGCAUUCGGCAUGGGUCAGCUCCAGUACAAUGUCUGGUUCUUUCUUUCGUAUUUUAUGAUAUCCAUGAUUUGUACCUGGAUUUGUCUCAAGAUUGGCAAAAUCAUGUCCUUGACAUUCUGGAGAAUGGGCUAUGAUCCAGACAAUUAUGUGAUACCUUAUCUUACUGCAUCCAUCGAUGUGAUUGGAACUAUCUUGCUGGUAUCCGUGUUUACUUUACUUACAUCUACCGGUGCUGCAGAUAUGUCUAUGACCGAAAGAGCAGCAAACAAACACAAUUAACGUUUAAAUACUCACCAAAAAAAAAAAACGCGCAUAUUAUUCAUCAUCCUCGCAUUAUUACCCAACCCCCUUUCUCCUCAAUAUAACUAGUAGUAACACUCAAGCUUACUGUUGUAGAUAUACACUUUCUUUUUUCUUUACCCCCCUGUAAAAUAAUAAAAUAUAAAAUGAAGAUCUCUUUAAAGAACA